CAAGACCAGGUGAUACACGUUGGGGAUCUCAUUAUAGAACUGUUAUGCAUGUGAUUCAUUUGUAUCCUUCAAUCAAGAAAGUGCUUUUUAGAGUUGGGAAAGAAGGUAAAGGGGUUGAGGCAUUUGGAGCUCAAACUAUGCUCAGAGUAUUUACCUCAUUUGAGUUUGUUUUUCUGCUCCACAUGAUGAAUGAAAUAUUUGGAUACACAAAUGACUUAUGCAAUGCUUUGCAAAAGAGGGAGCAAGAUAUUGUAAAUGCAAUGGAUCUUCUUGAGCUCACAAAGGUGGAAUUGGAUGUUUUGAGAAGAGAUGCUGGAUGGGAAGAAUUUCUUAAGAAUGUCACUUCUUUCUGUGAGAAGCACAAAGUUAAAGUUGUUGAUAUGGAUGGAAAGUAUAUUCCUAUUCAAAGAUCAGCUAAGUUCUAUAGAGGUGCCACAAAUUAUCACAGGUUUCAUGCUGAUAUGUUUUUGGGUGUCAUUGAUAGGCAACUUCAGGAACUGAAUAGCAGGUUUGAUGAGGUAAACACAGAGCUACUUAGAUGUAUGGCAGCAUUCAAUCCAGCUAAUUCUUUUUCUGCCUUUGAUAAUGAGAAGUUGGUUAAGCUUGCUGGGUUCUAUCCUCAUGACUUUGAUUUUCAAGAGAGGAACCAACUUCGUUUUCAACUACGCAACUAUAUUAAUGAUGUGAGGAAUGAUGAGAACUUCAAAAAUUUGAGGAGUCUAGCAGACUUGUCUAUGAUGCUAGUUAAAAGAGAUAUGGUUUCUCGGUAUGACAUUGUGUACAAACUUCUCAAAUUGGUUCUAGUUCUUCCUGUUGCAACUGCUGGUGUUGAGAGGAUUUUUUCUGCAAUGAACACUAUAAAAAACAAGUUAAGAAGCAAGAUGGGACAGGAUUUUCUGAAUAAUUGUUUGAUCACAUUCAUUGAAAGGGAAUUCUUCUUGCAAGCGAAGGAUGAGGACAUCAUCAAUUAUUUUCAAGCUAUGAAGGACCGAAAAGUCAUCUUGUAAUUUAUCCCAAAUCCUGGGCCCGCCCCUG